AUGUGCAUGCAGGAAUAUAGCACUUGUCCCACAAUCGACCAUGAUGGCCUUCACAAGAUCUGUUGCUAUUCGCAUUCUCAGCAUGAUUGCCGCGACCCUGUCAUCGACAUGCCCCCUUGCUGCUACCCAACCCUCGUACGCAAACAAAAAAUGACCGUCAAUCCAGGAUCAAAAAGCCAUCACCCCAAAGCGGGCCUACUCAGUUAUCUCCCUGCCGCCCUCGUUCCUUAUGGAGAGCUGCUGCGCGUCCACCGUGCCCUGGGCUAUUACCUCAACACCUCUCCCUAUGUAGUGGGAAUCGCAUACAGUGCCGCAACUGCCCCAACAAAGCUGCCCCUCGACCUGCUGCUGGAUCGCCUCCUCCUGCUCACGCUCUGGUCCUUUAUCCUCCGCAGCGCCGGCUGCGCUUGGAACGACCUGAUCGACGUCGAUAUCGAUCGACAAAUCUCGCGCACCCAAAGCCGCCCUCUGGCCCGAGGCGCCAUCUCGCUCCCCACAGCAACCAUCUUCACAGCAUGUCUCUUCGCCCUCGGCUGUUCGCUGUUUCUCUUCCUCCCCAGACAAUGCGCAUUUGAGGCCGGCAUUGAAGUCUUCUUCGCACUCCUGUACCCUUUCGGGAAGCGCUUCACCGAUCACCCCCAGCUCAUCCUCGUCAACAUCGCCUGGGCAAUUCCCAUGGCCAUGCACAGCCUGGGUGUGGAGCCUGGCAGGCAGAUUCUGUCAUCGAUCUGCUUGUGCGUGUUCAUCGCGACCGUGAUUGUUCUGAUCGACCUGGUGUAUUCGCGACAAGACACCGAGGAGGAUCUCAAGGUCGGCGUGAAGAGCAUGGCGGUGCGAUACCGAGAUUGUAUAGACACCCUGGCCUAUUCGCUUUUCGCCAUCAGCACCCUGGCCUUGCUGUUCGGAGGCCUGCUCGGUGGGCUUCGGGCGCCGUUUGUGGUUUUUUCUGUCGGUGGGCACAUUGUGGGCUUUUGGACGUUCCUGAGAGCAUCGCUGCAGACGGGACCGGCAGGUGUCGAGUCGCGUGCCAAAUCAUCUUGUUUGAUGGCGAGUAUAUUUUGGUUGCUGGGGUUGGGUAUCGAGUACGCUGUGCGUGUUUAG